UUCAGUCAGUCAGUGAGAGCAGUUUGUCAGGUGAGCUAGUGGUGGAACAAGGUCGGUUUACAUUUAUAUUUGAACCGCUCUCAUUGACGUUUAGUAUUUUUUUUUCUGUGCAGUACACAGCCAUGAAUCCUGAUAUUAUCAAAGAGCGACAGAACGCCACUUUUGACGUUGAAAAAUUGAUCAACAUUUUGGACCGAGGCCCAGAAAAGACGAAAAGAAGACGAGAAAUCGAAUCAUUGAUUUUCAACGAUCCAGAGUUUAAGGAGGAGAAUGCAAACUUCCUGUCCCGCAGCGAACGCUAUGAUCAGGCUAUUCGAAAAAGUGUAAACAUGAUUCUGAAGCUCCGGCAGUAUGGCAUCACAGACCCUGAGGAGAUCUACUACUUUAAGAGUAUUGCUUUACGAAACCACAAUGAAGCCAUGGGGGUACACUUUGCCAUGUUCCUCCCGACCCUGUACAACCAGUGUGACCCUCAACAGUCCAGGAAAUGGUUGCCUCUGGCAGAGUCCUUCCAAGUCGUGGGCACAUAUGCCCAAACUGAGCUGGGUCACGGCACACACCUUAGAGGUCUGGAGACCACUGCCACAUAUGAUCCAGCUACACAGGAGUUUGUCAUUAACAGUCCCACAGUCAGCUCAAUUAAAUGGUGGCCUGGAGGACUUGGAAAGACCUCAAACCAUGCUAUUGUCCUAGCCCAGCUUCAUACUCAGGGGAAUUGCCACGGUCUGCAUGCUUUCAUCGUACCCAUCCGCAAUAUGGACACACACAUACCCCUGCCAGGAAUUGUGGUUGGAGAUAUAGGCCCCAAGUUUGGCUUCAGUGAAGUUGACAAUGGCUUCCUGAAAAUGGACAACGUACGAAUCCCACGGGACAACAUGCUGAUGAAAUAUGCCAAGGUGGAUCCGGAUGGAACCUACAGGAAACCACCAAGUGCCAAACUGACCUACGGCACCAUGGUAUUCAUCCGCUCACUGAUUGUUGGUGAGGCAGCUCAGGCCCUCGCCAAGUCCUGCACAAUUGCCAUCCGCUACAGUGCUGUACGCCACCAGUCUGAAAUCCGGCCUGGAGAGCCAGAGCCCCAGAUCAUUGACUACCAGACUCAGCAGUAUAAGCUGUUCCCUCUGCUGGCUAUGACCUAUGCCUUCACAUUUGUUGGCCAGUAUAUAAAAGAAACCUACCACCGUAUCAGUGGAGACAUCAGCCAGGGGGAGUUCAGUGAAUUGCCUGAGCUCCAUGCUCUGUCUGCGGGUUUGAAGGCCUUCACCACGUGGGCAGCCAAUGGUGCUGUUGAGGUGUGCCGCAUGUCGUGCGGUGGCCAUGGCUACUCUUGCAGUAGUGCUUUGCCUGACAUUUACGUGGAGCUCACCCCUAUGUGCACCUACGAGGGUGAGAACACUGUCAUGAUGCUGCAGACUGCAAGAUACCUGCUGAAGAGCUACCAGCAGGCUAAAGCUGGCCAGCAACUGAGUGGCUCUGUGUCAUACCUGAAUGAUGCAGAGCAAAGGAGGGUGCAGCCCCAGUCUGUCGCUGCCAGACCAACUGUGGUUGACAUUAAUGACCUGGCUAGUCUUGUGGAGGUCUACAAGUUACGAGCAGCCAACUUAGUACAGCUGGCAGCCAAGAGCAUUCAGCAGGAAUUACAGAACAGGAAGAGCGAGGCGGAUGCCUGGAACAGCAGUGCCACUGACCUGGUCCGAGCCUCUGAUGCGCACUGUCACUAUGUUGUAGUGAAGCUCUUCACUGAGAAGCUUGGAGAGAUCAAUGACACAGCUAUACACUCAGUAAUGUCAACUCUGGCUCUGCUCUACGCCCUGCAUGGCAUCCAACAAAACUCUGGAGAUUUCCUCCUGGCUGGACUGCUGAGAGGGACCCAGGUGCUACAGAUUUCUGUCCGUAUAAAGGACCUUCUGUCUCAGCUGAGACCCAAUGCUGUGGCACUUGUGGAUUCUUUCGACAUCCAUGACAAUAAGCUGAAUUCAGUGCUGGGUCGUUAUGACGGCAAUGUGUAUGAGAACCUGUUUGAAUGGGCUCGCAGCUCUCCCCUGAACGCCACAGAGGUCCACGAAUCUUUCCACAAGUAUCUGAAGCCUCUCCGGGCCAAACUGUGAGCUGACCUUUGCACCUUGAAUCCUGGUUCUGAUCAUUUUACUCUGUUCAUAUUCAGUACUAACUGACAUUGUGGGGGGAAAAAAGGUUUCACUUUAAUGGAGACGUUAGGCUUGUACUCUUGGCUAAUGAGAGUUAAGAGGGAAGUCAUAUCGUGUAGACUAUAAAAUAGAAGGUGGACUUGAUAUUAGAUCUACUGUAAAACCUUUUGUGAAGUUAAUAUUUUCAGCCUGAGAAACUAGUGUUGAUUAUGCUGAAAAACGAAUCAAGGAUCUAAAUAAUUAUGUUUUCUGUUUUCAUGCUUCAUUUUUUUUUCUUUUCGCAGUGUGCCUAAUUUACCUAAGUUGCCCCCUUUACAGUAAAGAUGGAUUUGUCUUUUGUUAUUGUUAGUGUUAUAUAACCAUAGAGUGGACCAACAACAAAAUCAAUUUUGUUUGUCUCCCUUGACUACAUGGACCAAAUGCUAUUUGAAAAUACACAUAUAGUUUUGGUGGCAUUGAAAUGCAUCAUCAACAAAUUUCUAAGGCUCAGCUACUUUAGAACUUCUUAAGUCUAUGGCAACCUUCUGACCCUCUCAUAACCGGUCUAGUAGAUCAGUGCUGACACACAAUAAGUCAAGUGAAAUAGCUCUCUGCGAUACCGUUUUGAAACUUGCAUUACAUGAAAUCUGAUAUACAUAAACUUCAAAUAUGCUUCAGUGUAAUAUGAAUUUUAAUUUGUGGUGUUUGCUAUUUUGUCAUCUCUUGUAGAAAACAGUGGCUACGGUCAGCCACAAUGGUCACACAGGUUUUUACAAGCCAGAAAAUUGCACUAAAUAAUUCCAGAUUGUUUACAUGAGUCACAGAGAAACAAUCUGCCUUGAAGAAUAUUUCGGUUUAAAUUUCCUCACCAACAAUUUGAUCAAACGUUUUCAGCCCCAUCAUGUGUUGCUGUAUAUUAAAUAAUGGGAUACAAAACACACUCACACACUCUGGACUGUAUGUUUACGUCAUAUGUUCUAAAAUGGAAACAGAACGGUUUUGGCCGAGUGUAUGUGUCAAAAAACAACAUGCAGUUGAUGUAAAGACCAACAGCCAAUAUCUGAAUAAUUCCUUUUUAAACUUCAGCAAAUUUUACAUUACAAAGUUUCAAUAACUCUACAGCUUGUAUGUUAUGCCGUCAUGUAUAUAUUACUCACUGAGUUAUAUUUCCGGUUCCAUGUUUUGUUGUUACCCUUUCAGAAAUGGUGGAUUUGUGAUCUUGGGUUACAUCAACCUGCAGGAGUCUAGUUUGCUCUGUGAGCACUCAAACAACAGAUGAAUUAAAAGCACACUGUGAAAUGAUGGGUCUCUUAAUGAACUAUAAAGAUGGUUUGUUGUAUAAUAUGUGUCUGGGGAAUUGUCCUAAUCUAAGCAAUUGAGAAAGUUGUCAUAAAAGUCCUAUCAUUUCAUUUCUUUUCUGCUGCAUGGGCAUAAUUUUUCAGUACCCUGUAUGUUGACUAAGCUGUUAAAUUAAUGGGAUGGGUUUUUGAAUAAAAACUUUAAUCAGUGGUAUUUUAAUGGUUGGUGAAUAAUAUUAACUUCUAUUAAUAAAAAAAUAUAUAUUUAA